GCCAUAAGAACAACUAAAAGUCCACACGCUUUAACCAGAAAAUUUCGAUUCACAUAUAAAUUAGCGACGGUCUCUUCCAAAUUCUGCAACAAACUUCACCAAUUUUUGUUCCUUUCUUGAUCACCAAAAUGAAAGGCACAACCCCGGAAUCCCAGCCCCUUUACCCUUCUAUCUCCUCUCACACACCAGAAGAGGCUGGCCCUUCAUCGACGAUCGCUCAAGAUGCAGAGAAUCAUCACCAUCAGCAUUCUUCGGCACCAUCAUCUUCGUCUCUGCAGCCUCCGAGCAAUGAGAGCAAUGAGAAGUACUGGGGGACUCAUGUCAUGGGGACACCUGCUAUUCCCACACGCCACCCAGACAACAAGAAGGCAGCCCUGUGGGGUGCUGCUGCUAGUGAUCAAGCCGCCCAAUUCCAUCAUCCCUACCUUCAGUACAGCCCUGUCGAAAAACCAAGUAGCAGCCCAAUGGAAUCCAUUCUCCAGUCGUUCAAUUCUUGGAGCAAGAAGACUGAAAUCAUGGCUCACAACAUCUGGCACAAUCUAAGGACUAGCCCAUCUGUUUCUGAAGCUGCCUGGGGAAAGAUGAACCUGACGGCGAAAGCAAUAACAGGGGGUGGAUUUGAGUCUCUAUACAAGAACACAUUUUCAACCUAUCCAAAUGAAAAGCUGAAGAAGACCUUUGCCUGUUAUCUGUCCACAUCAACAGGACCAGUUGCCGGAACCCUUUAUCUAUCUGAUGCUCAUGCAGCGUUCUGCAGCGAUCGUCCCUUAUCUUUCACUGCACCCUCUGGCCAGGAGACUUGGAGCUAUUACAAGGUUAUGGUUCCACUGAGCAAGAUUGGGGCGAUCAAUCCUGUAGUUAUGAGGGAUAAUCCAUCAGAGAAAUACAUCCAGAUUGUUACAAUUGAUGGACAUGAUUUCUGGUUCAUGGGUUUUGUUAAUUAUGAGAAAGCUUCUCGGCAUCUUACUGAAAGCCUCUCCAAUUUUGUAGCCCCGGGGAUAGCAGUAAACCCAUUUGCUGUGUAGCUGGUUCUUUUUAUCUUCAGUUUUUCAUCAUCUCCUCCACCUUUAUCUUGUAUUUUCCAGAUGGUGUUUUGUAUGCUUAAUUUGUUCUCAAUUUAUUUUUGUGAAUUAUUUAUAUUCAAAUCGUUUUAAAUUUUAUACUAAUUAAAACAAAUUAUUUGAAUUAAAUGGAUCAGAUGGAAUAAUUCAUCAUCAACUAAUCGUCAAUUAAUUA